AUGGCCGACCGCAGUGCCCCACGUCGAACGAUCCUCGAAAUCCCCAUCCUUAGCAUCAAACGAUACAUUCCGGGCUCUGGCCCGCCUCCGCCGCGAAUCGCCCUGCUGCCCCCUCGCGACUCUACUGCCUACAUCAUCGAUCAAUUCGUGCUUCCCUCCGACAAAGACCUGAGUCCAGGCAGUCGCCGGUUGCUGCAUUACUACAUUGGCUUCACCGAUCUGCCAGCGGUUAAGACAUUAGUCCCAUGUCACAAGGUGCUGGACUAUGUCUCACCACGCGAGCUCGAGGAGUGGGAGUAUAAGAACUUGGCCAGGAAAGAGGAGGGGCGGGCCCGGAUGUUGGCUGCGAAGCAAAGGGUCGGCCCUGCGAAACCAGAACCCGGCCAGCCGCCCAAGGUCCCUAUGGAGGAUGUUGGCCUGCCCGUGCUGAGCUCGCAGGACCAGGCCCUGUUGCUCGCCGAACAAAUCGCCGGCCCAUCCCUGUCCACACCCAAGAAGAGAAGGUUGAGCCGGGUCUUGGACGCGGAAGCGGGAGACACCAUCAAUAUGGAUUCUGACGACGCCGCCAUCCACCGGCAACUGCAAGGGGAUCCCGAUUUGGAGGACAUGGUGUAUGGGGAUGACGUGGAGGCCGAUUCUGAAUUCGUGGAUCAACUCGCUAUUCCAUAUGGCGAGACGCCUUCCCGAGCUUCCAGCUUGAUGCCGCCUUUGCAAGGCUCAUCACGUAACAGUCCAACUGCGAGUUCAACCGAAGAGGGCCCGUCCCGUUCCGCUUCAACAGACCCGUUACAUGCACAGAGCAAUGGAUCUACACCAAGCAGGAUACAUCCCGCAUGGGCACGUGCAUUCGGCCGGCAGAAGCAGAAUGAGACGGCCUGGUCCCUGUCGGCGAACACGAUGCCAUCCGAACGCUCAACAACCACAUCAGCACGGCCUGCGUCGGGAAACCAGUCCAACGGCAAGAAAUCUUCACACAGCAAGCAGCCCAAAAAGAAGAAGCAGAAAACCGAGCCGGAACCGAAAGCGAAAGCGGCAGUUGACGAAUGGGAGGUCAAGGAUCUGCUCGACGACCAAUGGUUCGUUGAGCAAGGGGUCAAGGUACACAAAUACCUCGUCCUCUGGGAAGGAGAUUGGCCCGAAGACCAGAAUCCUACGUGGGAGCCGACAGAAAACGUCCAAGACCAAGCCCUUCUCAAGCGUUACCAGAACAAAAAGAAGGCCGGCCUGUUAAAACCGCCCAGGAAGCAGAGGACGCUGCAUCGAUCCCUGCCGGGAGCCAAGUACUCCAGUGUUGCUGAAGCUUUCGAGGCCGGGAUUGACGAACAGACGGGGCCGGCAGCUGCGGGCGGGGUGAGCGAUGCAGAGGGGCCUGAAGAGACCUUCCUCGUGACGGAGAACGCGGGGUAUAUCAUGGUGAAUGGGAGGAAAUCAGCACUGGCACCGGCGGCACCGCCACCGAGUUUCGGGUCGUUCGAUAAUAUGUUGGCCAGGUACAACCAAGUAUUCCCGCGGGUGUGA